AUGAAGUCUCCAACAUCGGUCAAAGAGAUCCAGUCCUUAAAUGGGAGAUUGGCCGCCCUCCAUCGAUUCUUGUCAAAAGCAGCAGACAGGUCUCUCCCAUUCAUGGACGUGCUCAGAAAAAGUUUCAGAUCGGAGUUUAAAUGGACUGAAGAAGCCGCACGAGCUUUUGAAGAGCUUAAAGCCUAUCUCGGCACCUUGCCAACCCUCACCGUACCAGAAAUAGACGAGGUACUAACGGUCUACUUAGCAGCAUCACUUGGUGCUAUCAGCGCAGUGCUAGUCGCCCACCGAACCGGAGCACAAAUCCCCAUCUACUACGUGAGCCGAACAUUGAAAGAUUAUGAAACGAGAUACUCAAACUUGGAAAAGCUAGCUCUGGCAUUAGUCCAUGCUUCAAGAAGGCUUCGUCGAUACUUUCAAGCCCAUCCAAUCGAGGUACGAACGGAUCAAAGAAUCCAGCAUGUUCUCCGACGGCCCGAAGUUUCAGGUCACAUGGCAAAAUGGGCAAUCGAGCUGGGCGCAUUCAAUAUCACCUUCAGAACCAAAGGUCUGUUAAAAGGACAAGUGAUAGCUGAUUUUCUAGUAGACAUGCCGGAGGAUAAAGAAAUGGAAGAAACAGAGAAAGCUCCAGACAAACCCUGGUCUUUGUAUACAAACGGGGCUUCGAGUGCCGAAGGGUCAGGAGCAGGCUUGAUUCUCACCGAUCCGGAUGGUACUGAUAUGACGUAUGCGCUCCGUUUAGAAUUCAAGAGUUCUAAUAACGAAGCUGAGUAUGAGGCCCUGUUAGCCGGUUUACGUCUGGCAACGAAAGUUGGAGCAAGAAAUGUUGUGGCCCAUGUAGACUCGCUGCUCGUAGCAAAUCAGGUGAACGGGGAAUAUGAAGCAAGGGAAGCCAACAUGAUUGAAUAUCUCGAGCAGCAAAAACAAAAAGGCCGACGCGUUGAGCAAGCUGGCAUCCGUAUCGUUCAGUCAUUUCGCCAAGGAGGUAGGGGGGAGGUGUUAACCGCACCUUCAAUUGCUACUCCUCACGUUAUGCAAGUAGAAGCUUCGUCACAAACAUGGAUGAUACCCAUAAUCAACUACCUGGUGCACGAUGUUUUGCCAGUUGAUAAAGCAGAGGCGAGAAAGAUCCAAAUUAACUCUCUUCAAUAUCAGAUGCAGGAAAGAGGUUUGUACCGAAAGACUUUCCUUGGGCCUCUGCUAAAAUGCCUUGACCCGGAACAGGCCAGCUAUAUCAUCAAAGAAAUACAUUACGACAUUUGCGGGAUUCAUGCCGGGCCAAAAAUGAUCGUAACAAAGGUGAAAAACGCAGGAUAUUAUUGGCCUGGGAUGCACGAGAGUGCAGUCAAAGAGCUCCAACAAUGUGACAAAUGCCAAAAGCACGCACCAGUAAGCCUCCGAGCGAAGAAUGAAAUGAUCCCAGUAACCGCCGCAUGGCCUUUCCAGAAGUGGGGCGUCGACAUAGUCGGACCCUUCCCACGGUCGAGCGGAAGCGCCCAAUAUCUGCUUGUGGCGGUGGAUUAUUUCACCAAGUGGGUGGAAGCCCGAUCAUUCACAAUCAUCUCUGGCUAUAAUGUAACGAGAUUCUUUUGGGAGCAGAUCGUGUGCCGCUUCGGUCUCCCGCUCUACAUUGUGAGCGAUAAUGCAAAGCAAUUCGCGGAAAAUCCAUUCAAACACUGGUGCGAGAAUUUGAAGAUUAACCAAGUCUUCUCCUCGGUCGCGCACCCCCAGGGGAACGGGCAGGUCGAGCAGAUAAACCGACGGAUCGUAGACGGAAUAAAAAGAAGACUUGGUUAUGAAGGCAAAGGAUGGGCAGAUGAAUUGCCGAACGUGUUGUGGGCUCACCGAACGUUGCAUAAGACUAGUAACGGAGAAUCACCGUUCAGUCUUACAUACGGCACUGAGGCCGUGAUUCCCGCAGAAAUCGGACUCCCAAAUCAAAGGUGCAAAAACUGGGAAGAAAACGAACGGGAGCUCCGAUCCAAUCUUGAUCUGCUAGAAGAACAUCGGAACGUUGCGGCAAUUAAGGAAGCACGAUACAAAAAGAAGAUCGAAAAGUAUUACAACGCCCGUGCCAAGCUUUACAAGUUUAAGGUCGGAGAUUUUGUACUCCGAAGCAAUGAUGCAAGCCGCGUCGAAGCUCCUGGGAAGCUGACCCCAAAAUGGGAAGGGUCGUACCGAGUCAAAGAAACAAGCGAUAAAGGCUCCUAUGUGUUGGAAAAAAUCGAUGGAACCCCCGUACCUAGGACAUGGAACGGAGUUCAUUUAAAGAAGUGCUUCAUGUAA